GCCCCCUUCGGCUGCACCUCCUCCUCCCGCCGCCCACGCAGCGCAGGGUCCGGCCCGCGGUAGCCGCUCGGAGCUCUCCAGGCAGGAGCCAGUGCGAGGGCCGGCGGGCGGCAGACGGCGAGCGAAGCCGGGAGCCGAAGUGGUUGCCAGGGCAGCCGAAAAGCCCCCGGAGCGGCGCGGCGGGCCCAGAGCGACGCGGCCGAACCUCCUGCAAACUUGGGCGCGCGCUCGCGCCACUGCGCGGGCGGCCGGAGCGAUGAAGAUGGUGGCCCCCUGGACGCGGUUCUACUCCAACAGCUGCUGCCUGUGCUGCCAUGUCCGCACCGGCACCAUCCUGCUCGGCAUCUGGUACCUGAUCAUCAAUGCCGUGUUCCUGUUGAUUCUGUUGAGUGCCCUGGCUGAUCCAGAUCAGUAUCACUUUUCAAGUUCUGAACUAGGAGGUGACUUUGAGUUCAUGGACGAUGCCAACAUGUUCAUCGCCAUCGCGAUUUCUCUCCUCAUGAUCCUGAUAUGUGCCAUGGCCACUUACGGAGCCUACAAGCAACACGCUGCCUGGAUCAUCCCGUUCUUCUGUUACCAGAUCUUCGAUUUUGCCCUGAACACCUUGGUUGCAGUCACUGUGCUUGUUUAUCCAAACUCCAUCCAGGAGUACAUACGACAGCUGCCUCCCAACUUUCCUUAUAAGGAUGAUAUCAUGUCAGUGAAUCCUACCUGCUUGGUCCUUAUUAUUCUUCUGUUUAUCAGCAUUAUGCUGACUUUUAAGGGUUACUUGAUUAGCUGUGUUUGGAACUGCUACCGAUACAUCAAUGGCAGGAACUCCUCCGAUGUCCUGGUUUAUGUUACCAGCAAUGACACUACGGUGCUGUUACCUCCGUACGAUGACGCCACUGUGAACGGCGCUGCCAAGGAGCCGCCGCCACCUUAUGUGUCCGCCUGAGCGCGAGAGUGACAGCCACAGCUUGGAGACUCUGCAUCGGAGCAAUAGUCCUUUCACGUUCCUUCUGAGAUGAGCUCGCCGAGCUUCUUUGUGGCUGAAAUGCUACAGUUAAAAAUUUUAGAUGUUAAGUUGAAACAUACGCUUUAGCUGGAGCACUGUGAUAGUCCCUGUAGCAUUCCUUCUGUGGGUGGGGGUGGGGCUCCCCAGUCUUCCCCCGGCUCUGACACUCCCCAGCAAUCUCCAUGAACCUUGAGUCCUGGGAGCCUGUUUGCUGUACAUGCUGAGCCCUAGAGUUGAAGAAUUUGUGACACUUUUCUCUCCGUUCCCUCUUUCUCUUUUGAAAGUAUAAAAAUCAGAAUUAGUGCUUUUCUUAGGCCAUUCCAGUACUUAGAACAAACCCUUAGGAGAACAGAAAUGUUGAUUUGCAAGGAGUCCAUAUAUAUAUAUAUAUAUA